AUGAAACAUUCGUUGACAAAGGACCAAAUCUCGAGAUAUAGUCGCCAGCUAUUGAUACAAGACUUUGGAGUAAAAGGACAGGAAGGAGUAUGCUCGGCAAAGGUGCUGAUUGUCGGUGCUGGUGGCCUUGGAUGUCCUGUCGCUAUGUACCUAGCUGGUGCGGGAGUGAAGACACUGGGCAUCAUUGACUACGAUGAAGUCGCGUUGGAUAACCUCCACAGACAGGUGGCCCAUAAAGAAAGAUCACUUGGGAUGCCAAAAGUGGAUUCACUUAAGGAAUCUAUCAGCGAGCUCAACAGCACUGUUAAUGUUGUUGUUCACAACAUCGUUCUAAACAAGGAAUGUGCACUUGAUGUUAUGAGGCCUUACGAUAUCGUGGUGGACUGUUCUGAUAAUCCUGCUACGAGGUAUCUUACCAAUGAUGCAUGUGUUAUUCUCAAUAAACCGUUGGUAAGUGGAAGUGCACUGAGAUGGGAAGGCCAAGUAACUGUUUACAACUAUGUCGACGCGAACGGGGAAAGAGGUCCGUGCUACCGCUGCCUCUUCCCGGUUCCCACAAAUCCAGCUCACGUUACUAACUGCAGUGAAGGUGGUGUACUUGGGCCUGUCGUCGGUGUUAUUGGUAGUCUGCAAGCACUAGAAGUUCUAAAAAUUGCUGCAAAACUUAAACCCAGUUUCGCUUCGAAGUUAUACAUAUUUGAUGGGAAAUUCGGUACUUCACGCACAGUUGCUAUUCGACAGCGAAAUAAAGAGUGUUGUGUGUGUGGUGAUAACCCAACUAUUACGGAACUUAUCGACUAUGAAAAUUUCUGUAGCUCUGGUGCAUGCGAUAAGGUACAAAGUCUAAACAUUUUACCUCUGACUGAUAGAGUUUCUGCAUCCGAAUUCUCUCAUAUUAGAGGCUCUGGUCAAACAAUGGUCCUAGUAGACACACGACCUCCUCAUGAGUUUGCGAUCGCUUCUAUCCAGGAGGCUAAAAAUCUCACUUUAGAUGAACUGCGUCGGCUCCACCCCACAAGUAUACGUGAAAAGCUGAGUCUGAAAGGUGUAGAGGAAAGCCAUGGGGAAGUAUACGUGAUAUGUCACCGUGGGAACGAUUCUCAACUUGCUGUGGAGAUUCUUAAAGAAAAACUCAAACCACUACGUGUACGUGAUAUCCAAGGUGGAUACGAAGCGUGGGCAACAGAAGUAGAUCAACAAUUCCCUCGUUACUAG